CUUUGCUCUCCGGUUGUAAGGCUCCUCUCCUCAGAUCUUGUGUGAGGACAGAUGUGGAGAGCGGCGGCGGAUUUACCCCUCCGGAUACAACAGGCCAUGUGACCAGAGAGAAGCUGAUCCAGUUGUCUGCUCUUCUCCCCCAGCUGAUCCACUUGUCUCAUCUUCCCCUCCAGCUGAUCCACUUGUCUCCUCUUCCUCUGAAUGACCCCAAAGGAUGGAGAAGGACAGGAAGGAGAUGACUAAGAGAAUAUUACACUUCACCUUGGAGAUCCUCCACCUGCUGACCGGAGAGGAUUACACCAUAGUGAAGAAGACAUGGGGGGAGUGUAUGGCCCCCAGCAGCCAUCUCCAUGAGUCAAGAGGACGGAAAAGGGCCCAGGGCCCCAUCCCAGAGCCUCCACCUCAGUCACUGAUACAUGAGAAGAAGAUCCUGGAACUUACCCACAGGAUCACUGAGCUGCUGACUGGAGAGGUUCCUAUAAGGUGUCAGGAUGUGGCGGUCUAUUUCUCCAUGGAGGAGUGGGAGUAUGUAGAAGGACACAAGGAUCUGUACCAGGACAUAGUCAUGAUGGAAGAUCACCGGCCCCUCACAUCACAAGAUGGAGUCAUUGAUAGAAAUUCACCCGAGAGGUGUCCCCGCCCUCUGUAUUCCCAGGACUGUCCAGAGGGAAAUGUCCCAGAGAAGCAUCAGGGGGGAGAUCUGACUAAUAAUAAAGUGGAGGAUGAAGAAGAAAUGAUUUGGGGCCAUCACCCGUGUAUGAGGGAAGUGAAGGAGGAAAUUCCAGGAGGUGUUACCCCAGAAAAUCUCUACAAGUUAUCCCUAAAAGGAGAAGAUGGAGGGAUCAUGGAGCGCACCUCAGGAGAAGAUGGAGGGAUCAUGGAGCGCACCUCAGGAGAAGAUGGAGGGAUCAUGGAGCGCAGCUCAGGAGAAGAGGGAGAGAUCAUGGAGCGCUACUCAGGGGAAGACCUCCUUACCUCUAAUGUCCAUCCAGAUCUAUCCUAUAAUAAUCCCCCUGACCGAUCACACAUUGUUACCACAAGGACCGGGCAGAAAGGGGAGAAAAGGUUUAAGUGUGAUGAAUGUGGGAAAUGCUUUACACAAAGCUCAGCUCUUAUUACACACAGAAGAAUUCACACAGGAGAGAAGCCAUAUCUAUGUUCAGGAUGUGGGAAAUGUUUUAUAAAUAAAUCAAGCCUUGAUAGACAUAAGAAAGUUCACACAGGAGAGAAGCCAUAUUCAUGUUUAGAAUGUGGGAAAUGUUUUGUUACUAAAGACAAACUCCGGGAUCAUGAGAGAAAUCACACAGGGGACAAGCCAUUUACAUGUUCACUAUGUGGGAAAGCUUUUCCUUGUAAAUCGAGUCUUGUUAGACACGACAAAAGGCAUGGAGGAGAGAAGCCAUUUACAUGUUCAGAAUGUGGGAAAGGUUUCUUUAGUAAAGGCCAACUAGUGGACCAUCAGAGAGUUCACACAGGGGAGAAGCCUUUUACAUGCUCAGAAUGUGGGAAAUGUUUCACCGUUAAAUCACAUCUUGUUAUACAUAAGAAAGGUCACACAGGAGAGAAGACCUUUCUAUGUACAGAAUGUGGGAAAUGUUUUAUUACUAAAACCAAACUGAAGUAUCAUCAGAGAAUCCACACAGGAGAGAAGCCAUAUUCAUGUUCAGAAUGUGAUAAAUGCUUUACAGACAGAUCAUCUCUUCUUAAGCAUGCGCGAAUUCACACAGGUGAGAGACCAUUUCCAUGUUCAGAAUGUGGGAAAUGUUUUAUUACUAAAAGCAAACUGAAGGAUCAUCAAAGAUGUCACACGGGGGAGAAGCCAUAUUCAUGUUCAGAAUGUGGGAGAUGCUUUACAAAAAAAUAUAAUCUUGUUAUACAUGGGAAAGUUCACACAGAAGUGGAGCCGGAUUCAUGUCCACAAUUAAUGAAGCCAGAAUUGAGGAUCAUCUGAGAAUUCACACAGGAGAGAAGUCAUGUUCCUGUGCAGACUUAAAGGGGGAUUCCAGGCAAAACCUUAUAUAUAUAUAUA